AUGGCCUCCAACCCGCCUGGCAAAUGCUGCACCGUCGGUGUCAAGCACGAAGGUGCCCCCACCGGCAAGUUCAUCAAGGUUGGCGGCAAGCAUGACGGCUACCUGGCAACGCCUGCCCCCGAGAAGGCCCACAAGGACGCUGCCAUCCUCUACAUCCCGGACAUCUUCAGCAUCUGGCAGAACUCCCAGCUCCUGGCCGACCAAUAUGCCGCCAACGGCUACCUGUGCCUGAUCGUCGACCCCUUCAACGGCGACAAGUUCCCCGAACCUCGCCCCGAGGGCUUCGACAUUAUGAAGUGGUUCCAGGAGGGCACCAACGGCGACAGCCCCCACACCCCUGCGACUGUUGACCCUAUUGUUGUCGCCGGCAUCAAGACCCUGAAGGAGGAGUACGGUGCCAAGAAGAUUGGCUCGGUCGGGUACUGCUUCGGCGCAAAGUACCUCGUCCGCCACUACAAGGACGGCAUCGACGUCGGCUUUGUCGCGCACCCGUCUUUCGUCGGCGAGGACGAGCUCGCAGCCAUCACCGGUCCCCUGUCCAUCGCUGCCGCGGAGAUUGACGACAUCUUCCCCAACGAGAAGCGCUACAAGUCCGAGGAGAUCCUCAAAAACACCGGCCUCCCGUACCAGAUCAACUUGUACUCGGGAGUCGAGCACGGCUUCAGUGUCCGCUGCGACCUGUCGAAGAAGCACCAGCGGUUCGCAAAGGAGCAGGCCUUCUACCAGGCUGUCGCAUGGUUCGACAACUGGCUGCUGUAA